AUGAGCGACAGCGAGGUGGUUGACGAGCGCCGGGCGCCCAAGCGCCUUGGCCAGGACAUGAAGCCCACCAACGCCAAGAAGCCCAAGACGAAGAACGUCGGCAAGUACCUGCGCCCUGCGCCGGAAGGCCGCGUCAUCCACAACACGUCCGACAAGAAGCUCAAGUCGGAGCUCAAGCGCAGCGACAAGAAGUUCUCGGAAGCGGCGUUGCAGGCGGCGAAGGCCGAGAUUCUUCUGCCCGAAGAAUCAGGGAUCCUGGUUGCGGAAGGUCUCGAGAAGACGCACCGAUUCACGCAGGAGCAGCUCGCUGAGCAUGUCGACAUCAACACGGCCAACAAGAUGUUCGACUUGACCCUCGACACGUUUGGGCCGUACAAGAUUGACUACACGCGGAACGGCCGUAACUUGCUUCUCGGCGGCGCGAAGGGCCACAUUGCGGUGUUUGACGCGCUGCGCAUGAACCUCGGCUGCGAGUUCCACGUCAAGGAGUCGGUCCGCGACAAGAAGUACGCGUACAUUUACGACCACACGGGCGCCGAGGCGCACUGCCUCCGCACCAUGAGCGACCCCAAAGCGCUCGAGUUCCUUCCGUACCACUUUCUCCUCGCGUGCGUCGGUGGCGGCGGCGUCCUCUCGUACAACGACGUGACGACAGGGACGCAAAUCGCCAACCACAAGACCAAGCUCGGCAUGUGCGACGUCAUGGUCCAGAACAAGCACAACGCCGUCAUCAACCUCGGGCAUGCGAGCGGCAUCGUGACGCUCUGGACGCCCAACCUCAACGAAGCGGUCGUCAAGAUCAAGUGCCACGACGGCCCCGUGCGCGGCCUCGCGGUGGACCGUAGCGGCAAGUACCUCGUGAGCACGGGCAGCGACCACAAGAUGCGCGUGUUCGAUCUGCGCACGUACAAGCAGCUGCACCAGUACUACCUCCGCGGCAUCGCCGACGCGAUCACGAUCAGCGACCGCGAUAUGAUCGCCGUGGGCUACGGCCCGAACGUCGAGGUGUGGCACAACGCGCUGACGACCAAGGCGCAGGCGCCGUACAUGACGCACCGCAUGCCGGCGCGCCAGGCGACGAGCAUCCGCUUCCGGCCGUACGAAGACGUGCUCUCGAUUGGCCACUCCAAGGGCCUCGCGAACAUUGUGAUUCCGGGUGCUGGUGAACCCAACUUUGACUCGUUCGAAGCCAACCCGUUCGAGAGCACCAAGCAGCGCCGCGAGACCGAGAUCAAGUCGCUCCUCGAGAAGCUCCGUCCCGAGAUGAUUACGCUCAACCCGAUGGCGAUCGGCCGCAUUGACGCGAACGCGAACGACGAGCAUGGCGAGAAGAUCGAGACGAUGUACAAGGCCAACAACGAGGAGGCCGCGGGCAAGCCCAAGAAGAAGAUGCGCGGCAAGAACCGCCCGUCGCGCAAGCUUCGCAAGAAGCAGCAAAACGUGGUCGACAUUGAAAAGCAAAAGUACCGCGACGCGCUCGAGAAGAAGGCCAAGGACGAGGCCAAGGCCAACGCGGACAAGCAGUGGAAGGACAAGGUCGAGAGCGCGCCGACGGCCCUCAACCGCUUCUACAAGAAACCAUAA